UUAAUCAUAUGCUCUAUCUGGUUCUUAUGAACUUGUAUAAUUAAGCCCAACAACUUGAUGAUGAGUUGAAGAGAAGGAAAAAGAAGGUGGGAACAGAGGAUCUUUGGAGUGGAAAAUCGAUUAAGAGUUGUUGUUUUCUUUAUUUAGUUGGUUUAAAUCGAGUUUGGUUUGUGAUAUGAAUUUUGUGUGUUUUUGGGUUGUUCUUCAAGAGGAUCUGUUUUAAGCUUUGGGUUUCUGUUCUUUAUUCUUUAGAGGAGGAGGUAAAUGGCUAGAAGUAAUGAAGUCAACCUCAAUGAAUGCAAGAUGGUGGUUCCCCUAAAUACGUGGGUCCUCAUCUCCAAUUUUAAGUUGGCUUACAAUCUUCUUCGUCGACCUGAUGGCACUUUCAAUCGUCACUUGGCAGAGUUUCUCGAUCGAAAAGUCCCGGCUAACGCCAACCCGGUCGAUGGGGUUUUCUCGUUUGAUGUCCUCAUCGAUCGUGGUACGAGUCUCCUCAGCCGGAUCUAUAGACCGGCUACAGCUGAAGAGCCUCAGCCGAACGUUGCUGAACUUGAGAAGCCUGUUACAGCUGAGGUUGUCCCUGUUAUUAUUUUCUUUCAUGGUGGAAGCUUUGCUCAUUCCUCGGCUAACAGCGCCAUCUACGACACUCUGUGUCGGCGAUUGGUAGGUCUUUGUAAGGCUGUUGUGCUAUCUGUGAAUUAUCGACGUGCACCGGAGAAUAGAUACCCUUGUGCUUAUGAUGAUGGGUGGACUGCUCUUAAGUGGGUUAACUCAAGACCAUGGCUUCAAAGUCAAAAAGAUUCAAAGGUUCAUAUAUAUCUAGCUGGAGAUAGCUCUGGUGGUAACAUUGUGCACCAUGUUGCUUUGCGAGCCAUGGAAUCGGGAACACAUGUAUUGGGAAACAUAUUGCUCAAUCCAAUGUUUGGGGGACAAGAAAGAACCGAAUCCGAACAGCGUUUAGAUGGGAAAUACUUUGUUACCCUACGAGACCGAGACUGGUAUUGGAGAGCUUACCUCCCUGAAGGUGAAGACAGAGACCAUCAUGCAUGUAACCCGUUUGGACCUAACGGUAGAAGUCUUGAAGGAAUCAAAUUCCCGAAGAGUCUUGUCGUGGUUGCCGGUUUGGACCUUAUUCAGGAUUGGCAAUUGGCUUAUGUUGAAGGGCUCAAAAAAGCCGACCAAGAGGUUAAACUUUUAUAUAUGGAACAGGCCACGAUCGGCUUUUACUUGUUGCCGAAUAACAACCACUUCCAUACCGUUAUGGAUGAGAUAAGCAAGUUUGUAGGUUCUGAUUGUUAAUAGAAUUAACCUU